AUGGCUAUUGGGUUUCCAGGAAAAAUUGCUAAGCAAAUUCUUCGACGUUCUGGUUCCGGCGGCCCAAACAAAUCACCAUCUUCAUCAAGGUUUCCUGAUGACCUAUUGAGAAUGGCUGAAGAGGAGUUUGGAUUCGAUCAUCCAAUGGGUGGCUUGACAAUUCCUUGCCGGGAAGAAACUUUCAUUUUUGUCACUUCAAACCUGAAUUGA